AGAGGAUAAUAAACUUAAUGGAAAAAGAGAAAAGGAAAGAAGAAGAAGAAAAUAAGGCUGAAAGCAAACUUGAAAGAAAAGAGUAAAAAUGCGAAUGGCAGCGAGUGUAGAGGCAGUGUCUGAGUGAAUUUCUAUCAAAACUAUUAUCACUCAACGCGUUUUAGUCUAAUUUGUGUGCGGUGCAUUCUUCUUCUUCUUCUUCUUCAUCACUAUUAUGGCAAAAAGAAGAAGAAGAAGCUGUCUUUACUAGCAGUAAGAAGUGCUAAUUGAUGAUGAUGAUGUUGAUAGUAAUAGUGAUGAUGAUAAUAGUAAUGAUGAUGAUGAUAGUAAUAGUGAUGAUGAUGAUGAUGCGGAGCUGUGCAGAUGAUUCGCUAUGAAAACAACGUUGACAGAGGCUUUUUUCCAAUUAAUUACCAAAAGAGGAAAAUUCCAGGCAAAGUUUUUGUCUCUCGUUCUGGUUACCAUUAUUCUUGAUUAUUUUUUUAAAACUGUUUAUUUUCAUUUAUUUUGCUUCUCCUUCUCUCUCUCUCUCAGUCACCGACGACCGAGAGAAGAUAAUUUGUAUUUUGUACCAAAGUGACGGACAGGACUCUGCUGACUUCGAAGUCUGGCAUCUUAACAACAAGUCGGAUUAAAAGCUGGAUUUCAAGCAGGUUCUAUCGAAAUGGGUAUUGGAACCCGAAGUAAAAGUCAUCAAGGAGAAUGUUUGGGACAAGACCAGGCUUCAUCUCGGGUUUCAAUUGACGGCGAAAAAGGAACGGUUAAAGGGGCGACAAAUUGCAAUGAAGGUUAUCACCACCACACAACACCUGGAUCUAACAACACCGCAACAGCCCUGAACACCAAUGUCGGUAGCGUGUCCGCGAGUGACAAACGUCCGACGAAACUUUCCAAAUCGGACCAACAUCAUCAUCAGACACAGAUCGCAGACGAUGGAACAGGCGGGUCCGCUGGCGAGAGCCUGGCCUCGGCGGCUGGUGGCGGCGGCGGCGGAGCAGGCCAUAAUUGCACCACGACCACCACGUCCACCACUUCUUCUUCGACCAGCAGCAUUUCUACUGCAAGCAACAACGGCAUCAUUGCAUUUACCUUCACCAGAACUAGGGGAAUCAAAAGACCGAAAAGAGAGCAGAGGCCUCCCGGGUCUCCAGCCAAGAAAGUUGCUAAAGAAGUCAAAACUGCUACACCAGAAGCUAAGAAAAGGCAAUGGGAAUUAUGGACAGUUGAUGAAAAGAGUACAUUUUUCCAAGCUUUAAAUGAGUGUGGCAGAGACUUUGAUGCUAUACAGAAUAAUUUUGCUCAAAAAUACAAGAAAAAAGGUGCUCUAGCUAUGAUGAUUAAAAACAAAGAGCAAGUCCGCCAUUUUUAUUAUAGAACUUGGAAUAAAAUUUCUAAAUAUAUUGAAAUGAAAGACGGUAUCAAAAAACAUGCUCUUGAAGUUUAUGGUUUAAUACAUUAUGGCGAAAUGCGAAAAAGGCUUGGAGGGAUGAGAGCUGAUAAAAAUCUACACAAAUUAAAUGAAUUCAUUCAAGAAGGAUCUACAUUGAUAAAAAUUCGAAGGAAAAGCUUCAGAAUUCGAACACCAUAUUGUAAUGCAUUAAAGAAAAUCAACAAUGUUGAAGAUCCAGUUGAAGAUGAAGAUUCCACGUGCCGUGUACCUGAAAGAGUUACUCUUGAACUAAAUCCAAAAAACAACUCUGCAUGGUUCCAUGUUCAAGAAAUGGCUCAAAAUCCACGUUUACGGAUGACUUUAAAAUCUGAUCAGCAUUUAUCAACUGUAAUGUCAUUUUUACAAAAGAAAUGGAAACCACCACGACUCAAACUUAAAGAGAGUUUGAACUCAUUUGAUGAAAGUCAGAAGCAGCUUGUAUUAUACCCUCAUAGGUCCAGUAAAUGCUAUCCAGUUUCUCUUCAAGCAAUAGAAACAGCACCAAAGCCUGAUCUGAAGCUCAGUAACUAUUAUACAAAUAUAAAAGCACAUAAAGCCAGGAUAAUGCCAACAGUAUCUACAAAUAAUGAAAAUUCCUGCGAUGCUGCUUUUGUACAGUCACCAAAAUUAUCCUCUGAAAAUGCCAAAGAUGAUGGAAUUCUUUCAGGUUCUUUCAUAAAAGAAUCUGAUGGUCCAGUAACAGUUUCAGGAACAACAGAUUUUGCUGAUGUGAGUUCUGACAAUGCAAUGUUUCCCGAUACUAUGAUGUCACACAGCAGCAGUAAUGUUUCUGAAAAUUCUAGUCAACCUGUGUUGAAUUCUGCGGAAAACAAAACACUAGAAAUGUCUCCACAAGUGUCUGAAAAAAAUGAUGAAAAUAAAUCUGCAGUAACAUCUUGCAACACAUCACACACCACAACAGUCACAUCAAACAGUUCAUCUGUAGCUCCUAAUACAACAGACAUUCGUACUUCUGAAGAUUUAGAAAAAAUAAAAAUAAAGCUUCUUGAACAAUCUAAAAAGGGAUGGACAAUGAAGGAAGCUGAGAACUUGACAGUUGCUCAGCUUUUUUUAAUUUUUGGCAAAGAUGAACCCAUAAGACUUGAAUAUGAUUGGUCAAAGACAUCUCCCGAUUCUAAAGAUAAAUUAUAUGAAUCUUACUCUAUCAUCAAUAGGCUGCGAAGACUUGUACAUUUGGCAACAAUGGAAUUUACGGACUAUGUUAAAGUUAAAGCACCAAAGUCAAAUGAAAAACCAAAAAGUGGAAAGGCUAACAGUGCUGGCUGCGAAGUUUGCGAAGCUUGUGGCAAACUAUUGAAUCCUUCGGAUGCAAAAACUAAUUCAAAGUUUGUGAACAAAAACAUCAAUAGGAACGCUUGUCUUCAAAAUAAUACCAAAAAUGGUGCAAUUUAUAAGGAAUCUUGUGGAAAUUCUGAAAAUGCUGUUAAACGUUCACAUGACAAAAAAGAACAAAAAACAGAAGAGAAAAACGAUGAUUCUGAACGUGUUGAUGGAGUUUUUCGAGUACCUGUGAUACCAGGAAAAGGGCCACUGCCACAAACUUUUGUUACAAAUGAAUACAUAAAUAAAUACAGACCAACAAGGUAUCGUAGAAAAUUGCUUCAUAGUGCACAAAAGCCUGUAUUCUUUCAACGGACUCUUCUUCCAAAGGAAAACCCACACAUGAUGACACUGACGUUGUUGCCAAGUGCAACGCCUGUUACAGUCGAUGCCUCAUUCCUUCCUGUAAAUAAUCGGACUAGUACUGUGAUUCCUACUAGGGAUGUUUCUUCUUUGUCUAAUACUUACACUACUCAGGUAUUAACACAGCCAAUUGUAAGUACUCUUUCUGUACACAACCAAACAGUCCUGUGAUAGUGCAAGGAACAGUACAAACUUCAGUUGGACUAACUGCAUCUAACACUUCUUCAGCUUCUAUAUCUACAGCAACUGCUGUUGUAACCAAUUCAUUCAACACAGCAAUAACUACUGAUUUGUCAAAUUCUUCAACAUUAGCAGUUAAUACCAAUUCUUUAUCAGUGAAGUUACCAGUUGGUGUUCCUACUUCAGUAGAAGUUCCAUCUCAAAUUUUAGCCACUCCUCAAGAAAUGGUAA